GCGGCCACGCAGCUCGUUUGAUGUCGAACACCCUGCAGAGGCAGAGAUGGUUUGGUCUGUAGUAGGUGGGGACUCCCGAGCGGUCUGCUGCAGGACGUCGUAGAUCAAUGAACCGGACCGGAGGGUUGGUCCAUCGCCUGUCCUACCCCAUGACUCCGUCCAGCCCCAGCAGCAGCAGCAACAGCAGCAGCACAGGCCUGGAGCAGCUCAGCAAAACUAACCUGUACAUCCGCGGCCUGCCCCCUGCCACUACAGACCUGGACCUGGUCAAACUCUGUCACCAGUAUGGCAAGAUUCAGUCAGCAAAAGCAAUCCUGGACAAGACAACCAACAAAUGUAAAGGUUACGGCUUUGUGGACUUCGACAGCCCGGCGGCUGCUUUAAAGGCUGUACAUGCUCUGAAAACCAGUGGCAUCCAGGCCCAGAUGGCCAAGCAACAGGAGCAGGACCCCACAAAUCUAUACAUUUCCAAUUUGCCUCUUUCUGUGGAUGAGAAAGAGUUGGAGAACAUGCUGCAACCCUUUGGCCAGGUGGUCUCCACGCGGAUCCUGCGAGACUACAGCGGCAACAGCCGCGGCGUGGGCUUCGCCAGGAUGGACACAACAGAGCAGUGUAAUGCAGUCAUCUCCCACUUCAAUGGAAAGUUUAUCAAGAUGGCUUCUGGAGCUCUGGCCCCCCCUCAGCCCUUGCUGUGUAAGUUUGCGGACAGUCAAAGGAAGAAACAUGCUCACAGUGGAUUUGUUCCCAAUGGACAGACAGGGGAUCUCAGACUAGGUGCAAUGACUCUUACCUAUGACCCCUCCUCAGCAGCUAUGCAGAAUGGGUACUAUCCUUCUCCGUAUCCAGUGGCCAACAGGAUAAUGACUGUGCAGCCUGCAAUGUCUCCCUACAUGUCUCCAGUCUCUGCUUACCAGGUACAGAGUCAUUCUUGGGUGGCACAUCAACCAUAUAUCAUGCAACACCCGGCUGCUGUGAUGUCUCCCUCUGUGGAUCCCUCCAUGUCACUGCACCCCACAGCCAUGAUUACUCAGCAGAUGGGUCAGCUGUCACUGGGAAACACUGGAGCAUAUAUUGCUGCCAACCCUGGUGUCCAGGGAGCUUACAUGCCUCAGUAUCCUCCCAUGCAGGCACCACCUGAAAGUGGCACGCCGCAGCAAGUGGAUUCCUCCAACAACUCAUCUCCUUACAGUCAGCUCAGCAAGUAAUCACAGGCUAUUUUACCGCUCUGUGAGCCAGAGGGCAGGUGGGAAGUUGCUGAUGACAUCACAGCGAUAACAGGCACCGCCUUCUUUGAUUGGACCAGACACAUGAACUUUUUUUGCACAGCCCCGACAUUUGUGGUGGAAAAUGAGGACAGUGUAAAUGGACUCAAGCAGUUGGCUAAUCACAGAAAAAAAAAAACAAGAUUUAUUUUGAUAAGAAACAACAUGUUCUUCAUUUUCUCUUUUUUCAUGGAUUCCCAAACCAAGACCAGAGGACCCUCCUGCCCCUCUCCCCUCCUUAGCCCCGCCCCCCACCCCCCAGGAUGAUGGGAUACUAAAAUGCAUGAGAUUGAGAUGUUUUCCCACUCCGAGGUUUCUAUGAUUUUAUAGUUCCUUUAUUUGUGAUAUAUGAAAAACCUUGCAAAACAUUGUUUGCACUGAAGUUUAAGGUUUUAGAAUAGCUUCAUUUUGGUUUUCCAAGUGGCCACAGAAAAGCUUCCAAAAUCAAUUUAUGUUCAACUGCGCUUGACAGCUAAUACAGGUGACCAUUUCAUUAGAAAAUUCAUGAAUUUACUAUUGGAAAAGGUGCCUUCCUUACGUCACAUCAAACAUUCUCCGACAUUUUUCAUUAAACUUGAUCAGGUGUCAUAUUUCUAUCUGAUUGAUCAAAUGUGUGUGUGAAAUCAUGGAGAUUUCCAUCGAGUGUUUGGCUAUCUAGUCUUUCGGUAGCAAUAAAGACAAUGAGAGUCCCAGGGCAAUAUUGAGAAAAAAGAACGGUGGCAAACUCAGAGCAAGGCAAUUCCGUAUUUUCCUCUUUCUUUUUUAAACUUAAAGAUAUGACAUGAAACAAGAGCCGUACUUUUAUGAAAUUACAAGUUUUACACCCAAUGGGCAUCUUUUAGGAGGUUUUUUUUUCUCUUGUGGUCAGUUUGACCAGUGAUCUACCUCAAGGUUCUGCUGGAGUCUGCUGCUGUUGUGGGGUUUGCAGGUAAAGCCCCUUUCCACCAGAGUGGACGUAAGCAGAACAAAAGCCACGCUCAGGAGCUGGCUAAAUAGGAAUUCUACCGUUUGUCUCCCACAUGCAGCAUUUCUCUUCCUGAUUUUCAAAGAAACAUUGUGCUAUGCCUCAUCCUUAUUUGUCAUUGCUUCUGUUCUGGUGUUUAUUUUUCACAACAUGAUGAGUGUUGUUCAAUUGUGAUGCUCCAUUCUACCAUUUUAGAGAUUCAAAGUCAGACAACUACUCGCUUCUCCUUAAAGUAGUUUGUUUACGAUGUUUUUGAAACAAAUGAAUGCAGGCUACAUACGUUCAUUUGGUGCAUUCUUCUGCCUUUGCCAUUCCAGACAGAUGUUAGGUGACUCAACACUUUCCCUUACCUUUUGUCUUUUUCCUUUAAAUACAAGUCACAAUCUUGGGUUACACUGCCACUGUAAAGCUCUCCAGGUGUAACACUAGGAUUUAGCCAAAUUUUGAUAAUUUGGCUAUACGACAGCUUAAUAGUGUUCAUGCCAAAUAAUCUGGACGAGUGGAAAAAGUAACUCAAAUCUUGCCUCCUGCAAAAUAAAUGCAACAAUCAUGUAUGAAGUACUUCAAAAACAGCAGUAUUUCAUUAGAAUUUGAUGGAAGUUGAAAUCAAAUGGCUGACAGCAUGUACUGUAUUUCAAAGGUUGGCUUGUUAAAGAUAAGAUUUGUAAAUUAUAUACAUUCAGGGCCAAAAGUGAAAAAUAAGUUUUAUUGUUUGCUUUGCUUUUUUUCUUUAAAUUUAUGAUUUCCAAUGUAAGAACACUACACUACAAAGAUAACAAGAAAUAUGGUCAAGGCUGUAUGGUCGUGGUGCUCCUCCUCGAUCAGUAGUACUGUAGCAGUAAAUGAUCACAGCAGGGAAAUACAAGCAGUAACCAGGCUUUUUACUGAGUGUACUUUCCCAUUCUGAACAUUGGUUGCUGGAUAAAAUGUAAAAACAAAAAAACAAAAAACAAAAAAAAAAAACUUUAAAAAAAAACAACUGUACGUUAUCCUCAUUGCUUCCCCUGUCACCUUCAGCUGGUUCUCGAACAAUCUUCUCCUUGCUCUCUCCUUGAAAAGAUUGGAAUAAAAUCAGUGCUGAAUA